AUGAGUACAACAGUAAAAUUAUCCAAAGAUGAAUAUGGAGUAAAGGUAGAUCCAACACUUUAUAGAAGUAUGAUUAGUAGUUUGCUUUAUCUUACUGCUAGUCGUCCUGAUAUUUGUUUUAGUGUUGGUGUGUGUCCUCGUUAUCAAGGAAAUCCCAUGGAAUCUCAUAUUACUGUUGUGAAAAGAAUCAUUCGCUAUGUAAAUAGCACUCUUGAUUUUGGGAUUUGGUUUUCCAAGGACACGAAUUCUAACUUGGUUUGUUUUAGUGAUGCUGACUGGGCAAGUAAUGCUGAUAAUCGAAAAAGCACUAGUGGAGGAUGUUUCUAUCUGAGAAACAAUCUUGUUUCAGGGCACAGCAAAAAACAAAACUCAAUUUCUCUGUCAACUGCAGAAGCUGAGUACAUUGCUGCGGGUAGUUGCUGUACCCAACUGUUAUGGAUGAAACAAAUGAUGGUGGUUGGGUGUGACAGACAAAGGACUGCACUGGAACUUGCGGCGCCAGGUGUGAAGAAGGUGCUUGCAGUGUUGGAGCUUGUCGGUGCUUGGGUGUGA